AUGCAAUUCGGAAAUUUUUUCAACCCACAACCUCAUCUACCCGCUGGCGCCACGACUUUGGAGGAGUUGGAAGCCGCGCAGAGGCAAAAGCGACAGCAGCGGGCCGCUGCAGAAUCUACGAGCAUGCAGGGCAGGAAUCAACACAGUGUUGGCCAGGGCAGCAACCAGGCUGGUCUGCAGCUACUGUCUAUGCUGCAUUCUAAAGGCAGUACCCAACAAGAGCAGCAGAAAGCAACUCCCAGGCCAUCUCCAUCUAUCCCACCCCCGCCUCCAGAGGGAGUGAGAGCUCCCCCUCCUCCUCCACCUCAGUAUCGUCCACAGGCGCCUCAGGUAGCAGCAACAGCAAAUCCGAGUUACUCAACACAGCAAGUUAUUGAUAUGUUACAGCAAAGGAGGCAGCAACAAGAAGAACAGAAAACUCGUCAACAGCGGGUUGAAGAUCUGUUGUUAUUGCAGCAGCAAUUGGCUCGGGCCCGAGCGCAGCAGGAGCAGCAGCAGACCGGACAGCAGGUCACUUCUACACCCCAAAUGAGGGCUUUAUUGGAACAGCUGCAAAUGCGACAGGCACAAAGACAACAACAGCAACAACAACAGCAACAACAGCAAUUGCAACAGCAGCAACAACAGUUGCAACAGCAGCAGCAGCAGUUGCAACGGCAGCAGAUGUUGGCAUCGGCUAUGGCCCAGCAAAGAGCUGCUCAACAGCAACAGCAGAUUGACCCGACGCUCUUGGCUCGCCUACAACAGCAACAACGGGCUAGACUGCAGCAACAACAGGCUCAGCUGAGGAUGCAACAACAACAACAACCGCAGUGGAAUACACAGCAACCUAAUCAGUCAAGUUAUUACAGUACUGAGCAGAGUGCUGAGCAGUGUAACCAGCAGUAGAGGGUGGAAUCAGUUGAUUCGAUGAGGCUCUUCUAAUAGAAGCUAAUGGCUG